UGGUAGUUGAGCCCAAAUCAGACUUGCUUUCAGAAUGUUUUUGACAGGAAUAACAAAGCACCAGCGCCCCUGUUCUCUUGAGGGACGGAAGCCAGAAAAGCAAGACGGGAGUUUAAGGUCUAAGAGUCUGCCGGUCCUGCAUGGAUCUUCUUUGCGGAUUACCAUCACCCAAAGUGCUCUCGUUACAACCAAGAAGUCCUUCUUGCAGAGUUUCCAGGGGGGCUCUGAUCAGAAAGGUUGCCUUGAUCCUGACCCUGCUGUUUCUGGGCCUGUGAUGUCUUGUACACCUUCUAGCUUUUCAAGAAUUGGAAGUUUAAAUGAAAGAACAGAUGUCAAUAACUGUGCUAGCACUAGUCAAGGGGUUUCCCCAGCUUCCACGCUCCUAGUGAUACCCGGUAGAAAAUUUGUCAGCAAAGUAUUGACAGAUUCCCGGUUCUUCUUGGUUUGCAUGAGCUUCCUGACGUUUAUUCAGUCCCUCAUGGUGUCUGGCUAUCUGAGCAGUGUCAUCACUACCAUCGAGAGGAGGUACAGUCUGAAAAGCUCUGAGUCUGGGCUGCUGGUCAGUUGUUUUGAUAUCGGCAGCCUGAUGGUGGUGGUGUUCAUCAGUUACUUUGGGGGGCGAGGGCGAAGGCCUCUCUGGCUUGCUGUAGGCGGGUUCUUUAUUGCUCUCGGGGCUGCCAUAUUUUCUUUACCUCAUUUCAUCUCUCCGCCAUAUCAGAUCCAGGAACUGAACUCCUCUGUCUCUAAUGAUGGCUUGUGCAUUACUGGCAAUACAACAGGCAAAGACCAAGUGGAGUCACCAGCCUGUGCUGAGGAUUCUGGGGGAAAAGACCACUCACUCUACGUAUCUUUAUUUAUUUGUGCCCAAAUUCUUAUUGGCAUGGGCUCCACACCCAUCUAUACCUUAGGACCAACCUACUUGGACGACAAUGUCAAGAAAGAAAACUCUUCACUCUACUUAGCCAUAAUGUAUGUCAUGGGAGCUCUUGGUCCUGCAGCAGGAUAUUUAUUAGGAGGAGUUCUUAUUGGGUUUUAUGUUGAUCCUAGAAGUCCUGUUCAAAUCGACCAGAGUGACCCUCGAUUCAUUGGUAAUUGGUGGAGUGGAUUCCUUCUUUGUGCCAUUGCAAUGCUCCUUGUGAUACUCCCAAUGUUUACUUUCCCAAAAAAACUUCCACCUCGCCAUAAGAAAAAGAAGAAGAAAAAGAUGAAGAACUCUGAUAUUUCAAGUGAUGAUGAAAUUGUGAAAGAGAAAGCAAACAGCAAAAGCCAAACAGACAAUGAAGUUCCUGCUUCAAUGGGAUUUGGAAAGAAUGUUAAAGAACUCCCAAGAGCAGCUGUCAGGAUCUUAAGCAACGUGACAUUCCUUUUUGUGAGUUUGUCAUACACAGCUGAGUGUGCCAUUGUUACUGCUUUCAUUACCUUCAUUCCCAAGUUCAUCGAGUCACAGUUUGGCAUCCCAGCUUCCAAUGCCAGCAUCUACACUGGUGUGAUCAUUGUCCCAAGUGCUGGUGUUGGUAUUGUCAUUGGAGGGUACAUUAUUAAAAAACUCAAACUUGGUGCCAGAGAGUCUGCAAAACUGGCGAUGAUCUGCAGCGGUGUGUCUUUGCUGUGCUUUUCAACACUCUUCAUUGUUGGAUGUGAAAGUAUUAAUCUAGGGGGCAUUAAUAUUCCAUACACCACAGGUCCUACUCUCACCAUGGCGCAUAGGAAUCUGACUGGUAGCUGUAAUGUCAACUGCGGCUGCAAAAUCCAUGAAUAUGAACCUGUCUGUGGGUCAGAUGGAAUCACAUAUUUCAACCCUUGCCUGGCCGGCUGCAUCAACAGUGGAAAUGGCACCGCAGGGAUAAGGAACUAUACAGAAUGUGCCUGUGUUCAAAGCCGACAAGUUAUCACACCACCUACGGUGGGACAGCGCAGCCAGCUAAGAGUGGUGAUUGUCAAAACGUAUCUCAAUGAGAAUGGUUAUGCUGUGUCUGGAAAGUGCGAUCGAAACUGCAAUACGCUCAUCCCAUUCCUUGUUUUUCUCUUCAUAGUUACGCUUAUCACAGCAUGUGCCCAGCCAUCUGCAAUCAUAGUAACACUCAGGUCAGUAGAAGAUGGCGAGCGGCCUUUUGCCCUUGGGAUGCAGUUUGUCUUGUUAAGAACCCUGGCGUACAUUCCUACGCCGAUUUACUUUGGAGCCGUCAUUGACACGACCUGCAUGUUGUGGCAGCAGGAAUGUGGUGUGCAAGGCUCGUGUUGGGAGUAUGAUGUGACGUCAUUUCGCUUUGUCUAUUUUGGGCUAUCGGCUGGUCUCAAAUGCCUAGGAUUCUUGUUCAUUUCCCUUGCUUGGUACUCGCUCAAGUAUAAAGAGGAGAAAUUGCAAAGGCAUAGGUGGAGGGAUUCACCUAUCCACACAGUGAGCGAGUUGGUGGCUAACUCUGGACCUCAACAAAACUGUGCAAGGACUAGAUCCUGCCCCACUUUUAGCUCUCGCAGCGAGCGUACUGAAGAUCUUGGUCUGAGCAGCAGAAUGCAGUAUAUAGCACAGACAUAUCCAGGACCCCUUUCGGAAGCAAGAAAUGUCUCUGUUAACAAGACUGUGGAAGAAGCUGCUGCAAUAUAG